UUUUUCACCAUUUCCUAUUCUCCUCGUGUGCCUGCUGUGUUUCAUUAAUUAGAUCUCUUCGAUUAUGGCAACUGCUGGUGGGACUGGUUCUCCUUGUGGUGCAUGCAAGUUUCUAAGAAGAAAAUGUGCCACAGAUUGUAUUUUUGCGCCCUAUUUUUGCUCGGAACAAGGCCCGGCUCGGUUUGCUGCCAUUCAUAAGGUGUUUGGGGCUAGCAAUGUGUCCAAACUACUGCUUCAUGUGCCGGUGGCUGACCGUUGUGAGGCCGUCGUCACUAUUGCUUACGAAGCUCAAGCCAGGAUCAAAGAUCCGGUAUAUGGUUGUGUUGCCCAUAUCUUCGCGUUGCAGCAACAGGUUGCAUGCUUACAAACACAGUUGAUGCAAACAAAGGCUCAAAUCGCGCAAGGAAUCUUCGAUUCAAAUAAUCAAUGGGCGGGAUCAAUGGCGGCAUAUCAAAAUUACCCAAAUUUCACUACUAUCAUGAAUGGAAACAUUUCACCACAGAGUUCACUUGAAUCCAUUGAUCAUAAUAAUGAAGGAAUGGGGGUUCAAGAGAAACAAAGCAGAGAUGAUCACUACCAUGAUAUAUCUUUUCAACAUAUAUAUAACAACAAAAAGAGACCUUUCCCAAGUGACUUGGGUGAGCUUCAAGAACUUGCUGUUAGAAUGAUGAGGAACUGAUCAUUCACUUUCUAUUAUUAGUAACCCUAGUUUGCUUUUUUAUAUAUGAUCAUCAUCAUCA